ACUUUGAGAAGAGACAGAAUAUUCCUUAUUGAAUGGGCCACGCGAUAAUAGAAAGCAGCUGAGAAAGAAUCACACAGACGGCAAUAAAGCGAGAGGGCGAUGAACUCAGUGUUCUCCAUUGAUGAUUUCGCCGAUCCAUUUUGGGAGGCUCCGCCUCUGUCUCCGGACCCGCCUAAGGCGGUUACGGCGUCGGGGCUUAGCCGGAGCCAGUCGGAGUGGACGUUCGAGAUGUUUCUCGAAGAGAUGUCGUCGCCGAUGAGCGCGGUUUCCGCAUCUUCGGCGACCGGGAACGCGAUCGGCGUCUCUUCGGGGCAGUCGGUGCCGUCUGUUUCGGGAACCGACGACGUUGAGGAUGAGGGUCGCGUUCGGAAUCGUGAUUUGGAGAACAGGGACAGUCCCCUUCCCUCUGAUCGUUCGCCGGCGGUUGUCGCUGAUUCCGAUGAGUGUCAUCAAGUUCUCAAGAGCAAGCUCGAGACCGAGGGCGCCGCUGCUGUAGCUCUUGGGGCUGCGUCCGUGAAGCCUGAAGAUGCGAGUAGUUCUCCUGAAAUCCAAAUUCUGCCGGAUCAGUCGGGACCCCGUGUACAAGUAGGUCUAGAGUUGAAGCAGGCGAGAAGUGGAUCUUCAAGAGAAUAUUCUGAUGAUGAUGAUGAACUUGAAGGAGACACUGAAACCACUGGUCACUUGGGCCCGGAGGAUGUAAAACGCGCUAGGAGGAUGUUGUCGAAUAGAGAAUCUGCUAGACGUUCCAGAAGGAGAAAACAGGAACAGAUGAGUGAACUCGAAACACAGGUUAGUCAACUGAACGUUGAACAUUCAUCACUUCUCAAGCAACUCAGCGACGUGAAUCACAAGUAUGAUGAAGCUGCUGUCGGCAAUAGAAUACUAAAAGCCGAUAUUGAGACAUUACGAGCUAAGGUGAAAAUGGCGGAAGAAACAGUGAAAAGAGUGACAGGAAUGAACCCUCUUCUUCUUCGAAGAUCCAAUGGACAUAACAGUGUGAUGCCGUUGGUCGGAAACAGGAUGGAGACUUCUUGCAUUGCCACCUUGCAAGCACAUUCGAACCUCAACCACGUAUCUAAUGCCCAAGUUCCUGAAAUCACACUUCCAGCUAUUUUGCCUCCAAGACUGGACAACAAUUUCGGCCGCCACAGCCAGGUUUCUCCGUUCUUGAACUCCCAAAGUACUUCCCCGGGCAAGAUCUCAUGUGGAGAGCUUCAGAUACAGAAAAUGGGGAGCGGGCAAAAACAGGUCGGUCCAACCGGCCAUUUUGCUUCAGCCCCUAACCCAUACAGACCAGUGCAUGGUUGGAGUCAUGAACCUACACACUCUGUUCCGAACAACGAUUCAUCAUGAAUCAUUAUUCUGUUCUUACCAAUGCCUUUGUAAAGGUAAGCUAAAUGCUUUAGUGGCAUAUAAUGUGUGCGCAAGUUCCAUGAUGGGGUGUUUAUAACUGCGACGUAUCAGAAUCUGAAGUGUAAUCUAUGGCCAUUUCUUGUACAAUCAUCACACCAUUCCUCGGUUA